AGCACUCGUUACUUGAGCGGUUACUCGACUACCGUUCGCAACGAGUUGGCAGUCUUGCAGCAGCAACAACAAACAACUCACAAUAAUGAACUAGACGACAGCAGACUGUUGAGCAAUAGGUGAAGGUGUCACUACCCACAAGAGACACCCUAGAGGAACAGCAACAAGCGUUGGCAGCAAUUUUAAGACACCUUGGGGGCUGACGUUGCGGAAGACGGUCGCUUGAAAGAUACGGAAGUAUUUGUUAAAAACUUGAUUAAAUACUACCUUGGAGCCGCCGAUCGAGCUGAUCAAGCUCAGUCAUGGCCGAUGCAGGAGGUAUUGCUGAAAAUGCGGCUGAAAUAGCCGUUGCCAAUGCAAUCAAUAAUAUCAAUGGGCGCAAUCGUAUACUAGCAGGCGCAGGAGGGGGUGGUGCAGGCCAGAACAACAUGAUGAAUAUGCGAGAUCGUCUGUUUCACGCCAUUUACUUUCGAGUUGCCGCCACAUAUGCAGAGCUGGUGCCACGCAAGGUACAAUUGGCCAUUGAGUUUCUGCUGCUUGCCAAGGCUUUGGUGUUCUUCUUUACAUUGGUCUAUGUGCACACGGCUUUCAUCAAGAAUCCGUGCACCUGCCUGCAGGAUGUGCAGAACUGGCCACGCGAGGGUGUCAUCAGGGUGGAAAUCAUACCGCAUCUGGCGGAGAAGCGUGCUAUUUGGCAGCGCAUCAAGGCUGAUCAGCAGGUGGUGCAGUCCCUCAAACAUACCUACCACUAUGAUGUGGGUCCACAAACGCUCGACAAUCACAAUAGGAUUAAACGCUACGAGGCGAUACUUCGCAAACUGGGUGUUCCCCUUCGUCCCGUACGCGCCUACAGCAAUGAGACCCUGUACUUUUACUUUGAUGCCAUCAAUUUGCUGGAUAACUAUGACCAUCCCAGCGCCAUACCACUGAAAAGCGAUGAUGAUGAUGAUGAGCAAUACAUUGUGGAGUACUCUCUGGAAUAUGGACAUCUUCGUCUAUCCUCGGCCACACGCAAACGACUGAAUAUUCCCGUGCUGACAGUCCAACUGGAUCCCAAUACAGAUGCAUGCUUUGGCGAUAAACUAACCCGUUAUUUGCUUAAACGGUUACUGGGUUACGAUGAUCUGCUGAUGGCAUCGGUGCGCACAAUUGCCGAGAAGGAGGAGAACAAGGGAUAUCUGCGCAAUGUUAUCACGGGCGAGCAUUAUCGCUUCGUUUCCAUGUGGUGGGCUGCCUGGAGCAGCUAUCCAGCUGCCUUCUCAGUGAUGCUGCUCUUUACUUUUUCGGUGUCAAUGCUAUUGCGUUAUUCGCAUCAUCAGAUCUUUGUCUUCAUAGUGGAUCUGCUGCAAAUGCUAGAGUACAAUGUGUCGGCUCGUUUUCCAAUUGCGCCCCUUUUGACGGUCAUAUUGGCGCUAGUAGGCAUGGAGGCCAUCAUGUCGGAGUUCUUUAAUGAUACCACAACUGCAUUCUAUAUUAUAUUGAUUGUAUGGAUCGCCGAUCAAUUUGAUGCCAUCUGCUGUCACACAAGCAUAACGAAGCGUCAUUGGCUCAGAUUCUUCUACCUAUAUCAUUUUGCGUUCUAUGCGUAUCACUAUCGCUUCAGUGGACAAUAUCGUACCCUGGCGCUGCUCUCCUCCUACUUAUUCAUACAGCAUUCAAUGGUAUUCUUCUUUCAUCGUUAUGAGCUGCCUGCCAUAAUGGCACAGCGUCAUGUCUUCUUCAUUACGCGGAAUCAAGCAAAUGCGGCGGCUGGAGCAGCUGCCGCUGGCGCUGCAGCUGGAGCUGGAGCAGGAGCUGGAGCUGGGGCAGGAGGAGGUGCACCUGGUCAACAGGCGGCCAUGCGACGUGCACGUCUCAUUGUAACGCGACUCUUUCGCCAGUUGGCUGCACAGCGUCAGGGUCAGGCGGCCGAACAGGCAGCAGCAGCAGGUGGAACUGGCGCAGGAGCCGGAGUAGGAGCAGGAGGAGGAGCUGCAGCUGGAGCUGGAGCCGAGCCACAGUUGCAUGGCGCUGUGCAGCCGGGAAACAACAAUGCAACUGCUGCCGUGGCCAUUGCUUUUGGCAAUUUGAGACGAUUGCCAUUGGUGGGUCGUUGGUUGCAGCAUCGUCAGCAAUUCACAACAGUGCGACGAGUCUUUUUGGGCCAGGGUCAUGGACCCGGCCAAAUGAUGCAUGUGCGUGUCCAGCGCAUCAAUAUGGCCGAUAUUCCUGGCCUGCAGACGCGAGCUGCCGCAGCGGCAGCAGCAGCAACGGCGGCAGCAGCAGCGGCAACAGCAGCAGCAGCGGCAGCAGCAACAGCUGCCACAGCAGCAGCAAAUGCAGCUGCAACAGCAGCAGCAACACUAACAACAACACCAACAACAACAACUGAAGAUGUCGAAUCAAAUCAUGGACAAGGACGAUGCGAAGCACCAGCAACGACAACAACAACAACAGCAACAACAACGAUAAACAGCAUCAAUGAUGCAGGAGGAACUGAGCAGGAGACGGCAACGAUACAGGAUGGGAAUGGGAAUAAGGAUGAGGCUGGAGCUGGAGCAACAGCGGAAGCGACUCAAGACAAGCAGCUGAUGAAGGGGAAUGUGCUGGGCUUGGAUCUGGGGCAGGCAGGCGUGGCUAAGAUGUUGAAAAAUCUAAAUUCCGCUACGGCGGAUAUUAUAAAUAUGCCGGAUACAAAAACAGCAGCAAUAGCAACAGCUAAAACUACUACAGCAACAGCAACAACAACAGAUGGGUUUGGUCUGCCAUUGGCAAAGCAAUUAGCAAAUAAUUUGCCAGCUCAAAGCACGCAGAAGGCGCUGGAGACGAGGCCGUCAUCAGGUGAAAAGCAAAGCAGUCCACUGCUUGACCAGCAAAGGGAGAAUCAAGCAACAACCACAACAACAACAACAACGACAAGCAGAGAAACGUCAAAACAAUCCAGAGCAGACGAUAAAGCUGAGCAGGAGACUGGGACUGAGCCUGAUGCUAGCGCUGAGUCUGGGUCUGGCUCUGGCUCUGGGACUGGAAAUGGGAAUGGGUUUGAGAUUGAGGCAAUGUCCAUGCCCAACACAAGCAAAAGCACAAGCACAAUGAUGGAUGGCAGGCAAACAGUUGAUUUUAUAGAAGGCGACAGCUUCACGUCAACAGCAAAUUACGACAAUGUCGACGCCGUUGCAAACCACAUGGAUCAGAAGCAACAGGGGGUGCAAGGAAAGCUAAUGAAAACUCCACCACAUACAUCAAACCAAGUGACAAGAGCAGCAGAAGCCGCAGCAGCAAACAACUGAAUAAGAAAGACAAAACCCACAUUUCACCCCGUUCCCCGUCCCACGUCCUCCUUCCUUUUUGCCACACUUUUGCCCAAUAAGAUGGCCAGUUGUAAGUUGGAGCAUGGAGCACGGAGCAUGAUGGGGCAGAGUGCGGGGAAUGUAUGGGCUAUCUCCCAAAAUACAAGAUGUUAAACAAGCAUAAAAACAGCUAGUAAAUUUUAGAUAAUUUGUCUGGUGUACUUAUGUCUAGAUCAUGCAUGCUGUCUGCUAAACUGAGUGUGCGUGUGUGUGUGAGUGCGUGUGUGCCUGUGCGUGUGAAUGAGUGUGUGAGUCUGUGGUGUAUGUGUGACUAGACAACAUUUCAUUUUUGGUUGCAUGCUUAACUGUGUUACUUAGUGAUUUUUAACUACAAAUUAAUGUUAUAUUUUUCGGGAUUUAUCCAUGGAUACAACGCGACGCAAAGCAAAGAGACUUUUAAUUAGCAGCAAAAGUCAAACAACAACAAAUGUAUUUUUAUUUUAUACCAUUUGUCACAUGUCACAUAAGCAUGCAACGACAUAUAUAAAUUUAAAGCUAGUCGCUUUUUACAAAAUGAUGCGCUUUUCAGCUUCCCUUUAUAUAUUAGCAAAUAAAUAUUUUGUUUAUUUAAAGAGCCAACGGCAAAACAAAGAAACAGUUUUUAUUAUAAGUUAUUAUAUUGUUAUUGGAUAUUUGCUUUUACCCGCAAUAAUUCAAUUGAAAUUGAUAUCCUUUUCGUUUGAGCUACAUAUUUUCAGAUUGCAUUUUAUUCCCUCCAAACAAAAAGCAAUUGGAAAAUAUAUUAAAUAUUGUUUGUAACUGUAAUAUGUUAUAAUGUUUAUUCCUGUUCUCUCAGUUGGUUUAUUAACCAAAUAAUAAAUGCGUUUCGCUUGCUUCAGACUUGCGAAAAACCUUUGAUGAAACCACACACAAGUUAAUUAUAACUUUCAACUUAUUUGUAUUAUAUUUCAUUUUUUUUAAUAUGCCUGAGCGUGUAUGCCUGUGUGUGUGUGUGGGGAUGUGUGUGUGAGCCCACAACAUUGCUGAGACUUUCAAUUAAGCAAUUAACAAAUGUUAUCUAAACUAUUUUCACAAACUCUUGAUGUGAAAAUGCAACAUUUCUAAUAUGUAUUAAAAUACCUACCAUAAUAAAUAUACAAAUAUA